UAAUAAUAAUAACAACUUUAUUUGUGUAGCACUUUUAAAAACAGAAGUUUACAAAGUGCUUUGACAUAUAGUCAUAAAGCACAUAGAAAAUAGAGCAACAGAAAUGAGCAAGAGAUAAAACAAUAAAAGGCCUAAAAGGUUAAUUAAGAAAAGAGUACAAGUAUAACAAAAGCUAAAAAGACAGUAAAGCCAAAAUAAGAUAAGGGUUAAAAGAGAUAAAAGAUGACAGACAAAAGAUAAAAAAUAUAAAAGAAGCAUUACAUAAAAAUAAGUCUGUAAAAGUGAGUCCAUGUCAGUUUCAGCUGAGUUGAAAAUAAGAGCAGGUCAAACUAGCACAUUGUCGAUUGUGUUUCAUCUUUCCAGAAGUGCUAACUGCAAGCUUCAAUGUCUUUGUGGUGAGGUGGGUGGAAAGAUCUCAUCACUGUGUCGCCUCUAAUACAAGAGUAAGUUUCCAAAUGAUGAAACACUGCACAUUGUUUCAUGUCAACUUUACCCAGUGUUGAGAACUGCAGAAUAAAGUCUAUGAUUUAGAAAGACAACUGAGUAUACAGAGAAAUCACAUAGUUACAUAAACCCUUAAGUUGAAUGGUCUCAAAAUUUGUCAUGUCAGAAUGUAGCUAAGCAAUUUCACAAAAAUCAAUUAGUAAUUUAGCAAAUCAAUAAGCAGAAAUGAUAAGAAAACAGAUGGGCAGAUUAUUAUUCUGAUUUAAUCCUGUACACAUCAAACAAAACUGAGCACACACUAGUCUGCCUGUUAGGUUAGGUUAUCCACAGUAUAGGUGUGAACAUUUUUGUUAUGUUGUGAACUUUAUGUGAUAUUUUCAGCAACUAAUGCUACACCUACUUCUGCAUCCUGUCAUGUGAUUUCCUGAGAGCUGUCAAGUUUGGCCACCCUCGCAGUCAGUCAAUAUGUGGACAAACUUCACAUCUACUCCACCUCCCAGAGAGUGAGCAGCACAGACAGGACCCCGGGAACCAGACUGGCUCACUUACCAGCCUCUCAGGGUGGUGUCAGUGUGAAGUGGCAGUCAAGCUGUUAAGAUGGAGGCUGCGGAAGUAACUGUUUUUCAGCGCUUGGAGCUGCAGCACUGGUGGAGAUGUUUGCUGGCUUGAGGCGAGAAGAUUGGGGUUUGAAUGUUUCACGCUGAAGAGGAAGUGCAAGAAGACAAAAUGGAGGAGCUAAACCCUGGCGGUUUAAUGAGACUCCUGUCAGGUAACAAAAACGACACAAAUAUGGGUGAAUCUGUCCGAAGAGACAUCUUGCUUGCUCAGCACUGUGUCUGUGCUUUUGUGUUAAACUGAGCAGAAAAAACACAGAAACUACAAACAAGUUUCUGUACUUUUCUGUAAGAUACAAUGUGGCCCAAUUAGAGAGCCCUGAACAAUCAUGACAGUAAUCAAUUAUCAAAUCCUGAGAAAACGUAAUCAGCAGCUAUUAUAGUGAAUGAAUUAAGAUUUGAUUUCCCUGCUAAAUUGGUUUGAUUCAUGUUGUUGUUGUUUUGAUGAGAAAACUCCACUUGUGGUUCAGAUCCAAGAGCUUUUAGUGUCUUAAAAUUGUGCUAACUUUUACAGACCAAAUGCAUCCUUUGCAAGCAUGCACUCUGACUUACUUUUUCAUGAAUGUAUCAUGUCAGAGGAUCACACACUGCUGUCUUUCUCACCUCAGAGGAGAGCACUCAGUCCACCCUGUCAUCUGACUCCUGUGAGUACUAUCAGACUGAGAUAUUUGAUCAGCUGCCCAGCAUCCAGGCCAUCAGACCUGCUCAGGCCAACCAGGGUGGUCCCGAGUCGGGGGAGAGGACCAGCUAUGGCGCUCUGUCUAGAGACAAGACGUCUACACAGCCUCUCAGAAACCUGGUCAUGUGUAUUCAGGGGAAAAGAGACGCCAGGUGAGAGACAGUCACGUUAAAAACAUUUUCAAACCUGCUUUUUUAAUUAUCUGUGACAUUUAAAAACAAUCUUUCUAAUCACCAACUCAGGUCCGAACACGGGUAAAUGAUUUUAUAAAUGUGUGGAGGAGAUGUCUUCCAAACAGAGGAGAGAAAUCUGAAUGAACUACUUCUGUAUACUCUCAACAGGGACAGGAGGAAAAUGCAAAGGAAUAAUAUUGGCUUUUGGGAGUCAUGGAGGCGGAGCCAGAGCAUCAACGCGAAAAGAAUCUGGGCACAAAUGGGAGGAGCUCUAUCAAGCUUGUUGCCAUGGCGGCGUACCCUCCACGCCAUUGAAGGUAAGAAAAACUCGGUUUGAGGACCCCUUGUUUUGUGUCGAUUUCAAGUGUACAGGAGACUUCACUUGUUCUCAAACUGUCUCUGGUGGGUUUCAGGCAGGUUCGGAGUCGGCGUGAAGUCGUACUUCAUCUUCCUCAGAUAUCUGAUUUGCCUCAACCUUCUUCACUGCGCUCUGAUCUCAGGCUUCAUACUGGGGCCUACAGCGUAUUAUGGCAGGAGCAAAAACAGUGGUGGGUCAGCUGUAAUGACAACGUUACACUAGAUCAGCCACGGUUCACAGUUGCUGAGGCCUCCAAAGUCACUGCUGUGUUGUUCUCUGUGAUCUUACAGUACCUUUGAGGUUUGAAGACAGUGACUCUUUCCUGGAUUUCUUCCUGGGAUCAGUAAGGUUUUCUGUUAUUGUGCUUAUGUUUUCCAUGUGUGUUUCAUGUCAUUUAUUCACUACUUUCUUUUUUGACAGGGCUAUCUGGAUCGCUCUCCAGUCUUCUUUGGUUUCUACACUCGAGGUUCCUUGGAUAAACCGUGUCUGAAUACACCUCUGCUGUACUUCUCUGGAAUCCUAACCAUCCUCCUCCUCAGUCUCAUCAUGGUGGUCCGCAGGUCAGAAUAAAACUUUCAUUUAUACGCCUAUCCUAAAAAAAGCAUCUUUAUAAAGUCUGUUUAUCUGUAAACUUGUCUAACAGAACCAUCGUUGGCUAUAAACACACCUGGAUGCUGGGGAAACGUUACAGCACCAAUGUAUGCUACAAGAUCUUAUGUGGUUGGGACUUCACCAUCCACGACCCUUCAGCAGCUGCUCUCAAACGCAGUUUCAUCAGAAAUGAUCUUAAGGUGAAUGACGCACUCAAAAGAAACACUUCUCUAAUUUUCACAUGAUUAGUCAAAUGCUGGUAAAGAACUAUUUCUGUCGUACUGUGUAGGAAAAUACCUUUAACAGUUUUAUCUCUGCGCAAAUCCUCUAAAUUUACUGUUCUGUAAUUCACCAAUGAUUUGUUAGUUUACAGAUUUGAUGAGAUUUUAAAGACUAUUGUCACAUCUGCAAACCAAUAGACAUUGAUUUUGCUGCAAAUACAAGACAAAAACAAACGUAUGCAUGCAUAUGUAGGCUACAUGCACAGUUGCACUUCACUGCAGCUGGCUGGUUUAACGAACUCUGUUGCUGCUACACAAAGAUCUCUGAGCAGGAACAGAAUAAUUACUGGACAAUCAUACAGUUGGCUGGUUACAGUAGCUCACACGGCCCAUUUCAACAGGACAGCAAGAGCUGUGAGCACUAAAUGGUAGCUAGCUCAGUAAUGAAUAGUUGUUAUAUGAACACUGGAGCCUAAAAAUGAGCCUCAUAUCAGUGACAUAAAUUACUGAGGGUGCCCCUGUGACACAUAUGUACAAACAUAAUAAAUAAUUGGAAAAGAAGGGAAUAAACAUUUAGUUCAGAUGUUCAAAACCCUUUUUAAAGAGAGGUGUAUUGACUGCUUUAUCAAACUCAGGUUGAAAGUGCUCUCAAACAAAAUAGGAGAGGGUUAUAAAUUAAAUAAAUGUAUUAAGCAGUUCUUUUUUGUUUUUAUUUCACAGAUAUAAUGUCUAGAUUGAUGUAAACGUUUGAAUUAGAUUGCCUGUUAUGGGUGGGAAAAAUAUCAGCUAAGUAAUCUAUUCUCACCUUGACUCAUGGUGAAAAACCAUUGCAUCUCUGCUACAAAAAAAAGGUAUUUUAACUAAAAUAAUAACAUCAAAUCAAAUCAAACUGUAUUUAUAAAGUGCUUUUUCUACAGAAGACUUUUACGCAAAGUGCUGUACAGUCAGUUUAAAAACAAAAAACUAUCCCAGAUGCCCCACAGAUCCACAAAUGCCUUACCCUGCCCAUCAAUACAAUCUACAGUCAACAGUCACAUAUAAUCUCAUCCAAAGCCACAGACACACACACACACACGGCAACGCACUGGCACAUAUGAUAAGAUGGUGGACAUGAGGCUGAGUACAGAUAAACCAGUUGAGAAAGCACCAUCAGAGGAGCCGUCAGCACCAGGAGCAGAGAGCCGCCCACAGCCACAGGACACCGACACAGGGUCAGAGGAGAGAUGUAGCAGACACCAACCUCCACCAGGAACUGCAUGACUGGCCCCUGCAACCACAGCCGACCACCACUCCUGGUGCCGAUAAAAAUGAUAAAAGGAUAAAACAAGUAAAAACAAAAAUAUGAAUAAAACACAGACCAUCUUAGUAACAAUAGAUAUAAAUAAAUAUAAAAUAAGAAACCUUGGCAAACUAGAGUAAAUAAAGAUAAAACAAAUAAAUAUUCAUUAAAAGCUAAGCUAAUAAAACACUCCUGACAGAUUCCCCUUCCAGUUUAACUGACCACAUCAUCAACCAAUAUUUAUCAAAAGAGGACAUCAAGAGAAAUUCUACAUUUUUGACUUAGGGUACAAGUGUAUUGUAUUAUAUCAUAUCAUAUCAUAUCAUAUCGUAUCGUAUCAUAUUGUAUUGUAUCGCAUCAUAUCGUAUUGUAUCAUCGUACCGUAUCAUAUCAUACCGUAUCGUAGCAUAUUGUAUCAUAUUGUACACUAUCGUAUUGUAUCAUAUUGUGUCGUAUCGUAUCAUACCGUAUCAUAUCAUAAAAUAUUGUAUCAUAUCAUAUUGUAUCAUACUGUAUCGUAUAUCGUAUUGUAUCGUAUUGUAUUGUAUUGUUUCACGCACUGCUUUAUAUUGUCUGGUAAGUAAUCUUUUCUUGUCUAGUGUAUCAUAUUGUGUUGUUUCGUAUCGUAUUGUGUGGUAUUGUGUCCUGUCGUACUGUUUUCGUUUAGGAGUAAACGUUGCCUCUGCUACUCUUAUCCUUCUCCUCAGCUCUUCCUUGAUGAGCAGCGUUUCUCCAUGCGUAAGGGUCAGAGGACUUUGGGACAGAAGAUGCGUCUCUACAUCCUCAGGUCCACUCUUAACCUGAUUGUUCUGGCUCUUCUGGGUGGAGCCUUCUUCCUCAUCUAUUACGCCACAAUACAAUCACAGAAAGAGGUAAGACUGUGUGACUGUCAGACUAUGUCCUGAAUUUGGUGAUCAGAUUUCCGCAUACAUACCCUUACAUGUUUUUUUUAGGAUGGGGAUAACGGGUUGGUCAGCCUGCUCUUCCAGUACCUUCCUCCCAUCACCAUCACCUUCGUCAACCUGGUCCUCCCUCACAUCUUCCGCAAGAUCUCAUCUUUUGAAGACUACUCCUUUACCACACAGGUCAAUGUCACAUUAGUGAGGUAAGAUAUAAAGUAGAGGAUCUACAAAAAAAACUGUGGCACGCGCUCACAGAUGCAAGGAUUUAAUCGUUCUUGUCUUCAGGAGCAUCUUCUUGAAGUUGGCCUCCUUGGGAAUCUACUUGUUCUUUGUCUUCAACACAGAAGAAACUCAGCAGGUGAGCUGGGAGAGAGAUUUACCUGAAAUGUCCUGAUGAGAUAGAAUCAUCUACUCUGUCUCUGACUUGGAUUCAGGUUGUCAGGUUAAUGAACAUACAGAUUUCACAAACAUCCUCUUUCACUGAUGUGCUUCUUUCCAGAGUCUUCUUCAGUGCAGGCCGAACAGAUUUGGCAGAGAGAUGUACAAGCUGUGUAUCUUCAACUUCCUUGCCACUUUCUGCAAUGCCUUCCUAUUGAGCUUCCCCAGGAAGUGGGUUUGUUUGAGAUCUGCUUUGCCCUUUUAUCUUUGUUAUUGUGAUUUUUGUGAAAUUUGUUGUCUUUCUGGAGCAGAUUUCAGAGCAUUCUGGCAAUUUUGUUGAAAAUGUUGUUUCCUCUGUCUGACAGGCUGGUGCAGGAGUGUUGCCCUACAUCUUUGCUGGCCAGAAUGUCAGGGAAACAGCACUUUCUGGUCCCCUUUAAUGUGCUGGAUCUGGUGUACGGUCAGACGGUGUCCUGGGUGGGAGUGUAUUACUGCCCUCUGCUGCCUCUGAUAGGAACUGUCACAAUGACGGUUACCUUCUACAUCAAAAAGGUAAAAAAGAUUAGGGUCUGGUUCUGGUAUGGUUUUUAAAAGGGGUUGUGCGUGACAUGAUUUGUAUGUAUGGUGACUUUCUGUCCUGAUCAUGAUGAGGAUUUAGGUUUUAUUAAGAGCCAGCUUAAAACAUGAACUUUUCUCAACUGUCUAUUUUAAGAAUCUACCGAAAGCAGUCAGAUACACCUUCCUCCAAAUAUUGCUCUGUUUUCUCUAAAGUGGUCCUGAAGUUUAAAAGGGAAUUAUAAUCCACUUUAAUUUGACUCUGAAUAAUUUUGUUGAGCUGUUAAGAAGCAUGAGUGUCACUGCCUCUCUUCUCUGUCAUAGUUCACAGUUCUGCGAUGCUGUGUGGCAGAGCAGAGGACGUUUCGAGCCUCCAAUUCCUCGGUUUUAUUCCACUUCAUGUUGCUGCUCGGCCUCUUCAUGGCUGCCGUCACUCUGGGCUUCAACUUACACCAACAAGAAGUUAAAACCAAGUUGAACACGUAGGCUACCUAAAAAACGGCAUUUCUUAUUUAAUGCUAUUUUCUACUUUCUCACAGAAAUUUACACAUAGAGUAUGGAUGUAUUAAUUUAUUGUUGGAAUAAAUUUAGACUUACUGACCCCUUUUAAACUAUAAUAAAGUACCAGAUUGAUUUUUCUUUGAUAUUUGAUCUUCAUCUGUGAUCUUUUUGCUUCUCUUUAGAGUCCCCUGUGGUCCGUUUGGAAACGGAGAAACGGUCUUUAAUGUGACAGAUACAUGUGUGAAAAGCCUUCCCAGACUGGCACAGUCCACCCUCCGCUACCUGGCCUCAGAGGCCUUUGCCCUGCCGCUCAUACUUGCUGAAAUGUGAGUGUACAGAAGUUGCAUAUACUCUCUUUCAAAAAUAGACAGGCAGAAUUUCAAUCUCAUGUGCAAAUUAAUCAUUUUGUAUUUCCUCAGUAUAAUCUUAACCUCGUACGUGUCACGGAGUCGAGCCAAUCAGAGGGCCAUAGAGCGGCUCAAAGAUAUGCUGGUUAUGGUGAGCCACAUCUUAUCAAUAAACUUACAUCCUUAGAAACCAGGCACUGAACGAAGAUAAGAAAAGACAGAGUUGAUUUGGUUGGUUUCAGAGUCUGUAAAUAUGCGCGUGUGUGUGUGUCUUUUCCUUACAGAGCAGCUCAGAUAAGCGUUUCCUGGUGAAAGAACACGCCACCAUACUCAAAAAGAAGAAACACAACCACAGAGCUCCCUCUGCCACCGUCCACGAGAACCCAUCCUCGACCCCUGCAGACUGAUCAAAGCUCCCGAUUAAGGCUGCUCCGCCUGUCCCUCAGUGUUCUUACACUGACUUUACUUAAAGCAUAGAGGCUGUUUGGUGGACAGCAGAUGGGCGGUGCCUUCAUGAAACGUCAAAGGAUGAUGAAAUCUUACUUUCUAGUUUCAUGAUAUGAAGAUUAAUAAAGGAAAUGUUUUUGUGGCCUUUAAUCAAGCCACUAUUUAAUCUCUAAAAUGUGUGUUUUAAAGCUUAAUUUAUGGUUAAAGUUCGAGCCUUUUAGUUCCUCUUCAUAUGAGUGCAUUAUUUAAUCAUAAAGACAAUGUUAGGAUAACCUCUGGGACCAGUUGUCAUGUGUUUUAAUUUACGUGUGUAUAAUAAAGUUUCUUUUUUUUUAAAUCUUGCU